UGCCGCCGCCGCCGCCGCCGUCGCUGUCGUAGCUGCCGCCGCCGCUGCUGGAGAAAAAGCACGAGCGGGGAAGCCCCAGAGUGAAAUCCACCAUCCUGCCGGCUGGUCUGCCCGCCCUCCUUCCUUCUCCCCUGACCCCCGCCCCCUCCCCCCACAGGUGCCAUCCGCCGCCAUCCGCCCUCUCUGCCCCCCCAUCCCCAGGUGAGGGGGGUGAGUUCAGGAAGCGGAGACCCCGAGGAACCCAGCAGGGUCACCAUUUGCAGCGCAACAUGGCAGGAGCUGGAGGAGGGAAUGAUAUUCAGUGGUGUUUUUCUCAGGUGAAAGGAGCAGUAGAUGAUGAUGUAGCAGAAGAAGGAAUCUCAACUCUUCAGUGGCCUGUAUUAAGAGAGGAAACCAAAAUAGCAGACAUAAUUUCUACAGUAGAAUUUAAUCAUUCUGGAGAAUUGCUAGCAACAGGAGAUAAAGGUGGUAGAGUCGUCAUCUUUCAACAGGAGCAGGAGAACAAAAUCCAGUCUCAUAGCAGAGGAGAAUAUAAUGUUUACAGCACCUUUCAGAGCCAUGAACCAGAGUUUGACUACUUGAAAAGUUUAGAAAUAGAAGAAAAGAUCAACAAAAUUAGGUGGUUACCCCAGAAAAAUGCUGCUCAGUUUUUAUUGUCUACCAAUGAUAAAACAAUAAAGUUAUGGAAAAUCAGUGAAAGGGACAAAAGGCCAGAAGGGUAUAACUUGAAAGAAGAAGAUGGAAGGUAUAGAGAUCCUACUACAGUCACUACACUACGAGUGCCAGUCUUUAGGCCCAUGGAUCUAAUGGUUGAGGCCAGUCCACGAAGAAUAUUUGCCAAUGCUCAUACAUACCAUAUCAACUCAAUUUCUAUUAAUAGUGAUUAUGAAACAUACUUAUCAGCAGAUGAUUUGCGGAUUAAUCUUUGGCAUCUGGAAAUUACAGACAGGAGUUUUAAUAUUGUGGAUAUCAAGCCUGCCAAUAUGGAAGAGUUGACAGAGGUGAUCACGGCAGCAGAGUUCCACCCAAACAGCUGUAACACGUUUGUGUAUAGCAGCAGUAAAGGAACUAUUCGGUUAUGUGACAUGAGGACAUCUGCCCUCUGCGAUAGGCAUUCGAAAUUGUUUGAAGAACCUGAAGAUCCCAGUAACAGGUCUUUCUUUUCUGAAAUCAUCUCCUCUAUUUCUGAUGUAAAAUUCAGCCAUAGUGGUCGGUAUAUGAUGACUAGAGACUAUUUAUCAGUCAAAAUUUGGGACUUAAAUAUGGAAAACAGGCCUGUGGAAACAUACCAGGUGCACGAAUACCUCAGAAGUAAACUUUGUUCACUGUAUGAAAAUGAUUGCAUAUUUGACAAAUUCGAGUGUUGUUGGAAUGGAUCUGACAGUGUUGUCAUGACCGGAUCCUACAAUAAUUUCUUCAGAAUGUUUGACAGGAACACAAAGCGAGACAUAACCCUAGAAGCAUCAAGGGAAAACAAUAAACCUCGCACAGUUCUGAAGCCCCGCAAAGUCUGUGCAAGUGGCAAGAGAAAGAAGGAUGAAAUAAGUGUUGACAGCCUAGACUUCAACAAGAAAAUACUUCAUACAGCCUGGCACCCCAAGGAGAACAUCAUUGCUGUAGCUACUACAAACAAUCUGUAUAUAUUUCAAGACAGAGUGAAUUAGGGUUGGCAUUCCUAGCAGAAGAGCCCACUUCUUGCUUAGUUGAGAUAGUUGAAUCUAGCAUUCGUACCUAAAAAAGAGAGCGGUCCAUUGUGGCGCCCCUUUCCAGUGUUUGACAAUGUGCCAUUUGACAACACAUUUUUUAUAGCUACAUGGAGGGAUCUCUGUGGAUUCAUCACUGUGGUGGUCUCCAUGUCUGCUAGCCAUGUAGGUAAGGGUAGGGCACUUUUAAUUUAAAUGACUUCUUGCACCAUCUUGCCUAAUGGACUAGAUUGGACUGUGUCAACAUUGAUUUACUCCACUCUUUAUGCCUUCCAUUGUGAUGACGUCAAACACAGUGAAAGCCUUCAGUCAUGCUUAUGGGAUUUAAUUGUGUAUCCUCAUUACUGUAUCAUUUGUGGGGUACACCCCUUCCCCUUUUUAAAUUAAAUACAGCUCAUUCUUACUGUGGCUUGUAGCAUUCCUCCUCUCCUGGCCUCCUGGACUGCCCCCUCAUCUCUCUCGCCCUCACCCCUCCACCCGGUCCUGGUGGUGGUAUAUUAAACAAGAAAAAAUGAAAGCACACAAAGUGAGUGGGUCUGGGGUCAGUGGUAAAGGGGGUGUGUCGUGAACAAAUGUUUUCAUAACAGUUGGCUGUAAUCACUCCUUGCCGUGUCUGGCACUGAAAAUAAGGGGGAAAAAACUACUACUGAAUAAAAGUGACAAAGAAUGGAGAA